CCUACUUAAGAUUUAUCAAACCUCAUAAAAGAAAAACGUAGUAGCUAAAAUUCCUCCCAAUUGACUUAGACAACCAAGUUAAACUCAUCCAACAUUUCUCUUUCUCUCUCCUCUAGUCCUCUGCUCUAAUGGAGUCUAAACCAGACACAAACUUAAUAACACACAAAGGAGGCUGCCAUUGCAAGAGAGUAAGAUGGAAAGUUGAAGCACCCAAGUCUUUAAUUGCAUGGAAUUGCAAUUGUUCCACUUGUUCUAUGAGAGGUAACACUCACUUCAUCGUCCCAUCAAAUCAAUUUCAUUUAAUUUCUGGAGAAUCAAAUAUUACAACUUACACUUUUGGUACUCAUACUGCUAAACAUACUUUCUGUAAUGUGUGCGGCAUCACCUCGUUUUACACGCCUCGAUCUAACCCAGAUGGUGUUGCUGUUACUCUCGCUUGUCUUGAUCCUGGAACCUUAACUCAUGUUGAGAUUAGGAGAUUUGAUGGUGUUAGUUGGGAAGAUUCUUAUUCUCAAACUGGGAUUUCUGCUUGCUCCAAGGUUCAAUCUUCAAAGAACACUGUCAAAGGAUCCAGUACACUAUCUUCACCUGUUUACAGUAACCGACGACAACAUAGCAAUCUGGAGAAAACUCCUCUAAGUACAGAAUCUGUCCAGUCAGUUAGACAAGAGACAAAGACCCCACAACUACGCGAUCUUUUCAGUAAGCUUGACUUGUCCCCGAGUGAGGCGAACCAUAGGCCUUCAUCAUCUACUAUUGUUAAUGGAUCGACAGACGAUGAGGAGUGGAACAGGUGUGCACAGGUUAAGAGGAAAAAGGACUUUGUGCAUUAUGAGAAAGUUGAUGGGAGAAAGAUGAAUGUGGUUCAAGGAUUGGAGCUUCACGCUGGGGUGUUUAGUGCUGAAGAACAGAAGAAAAUUGUUGAAUCUGUUUAUGAAUUUCAAAGGAUGGGACAGAAACGGCAGCUUAUGGAACGUACUUACUCUGAACCGAAGAAGUGGAUGCGUGGGAAAGGGCGUGUCACCAUUCAAUUUGGUUGCUGUUACAAUUAUACAGUGGACAAGGAUGGGAAUCCUCCAGGGAUAAUUAGGGAUGAGGAAGUUGAUCCCUUGCCUCCCAUAUUCAAACAGAUGAUUAGAAGGAUGGUGAGGUGGCAUGUCCUGCCUCCCACAUGUGUCCCCAACAGUUGCAUAGUGAAUAUUUAUGACGAAGGCGAUUGCAUCCCUCCUCACAUCGAUCACCAUGACUUUAUCCGGCCAUUUUGUACCGUCUCUUUUCUGGCAGAGUGUAAUAUUCUCUUCGGUUCAAGUCUCAAGAUCGUAAGCCCUGGAGAAUUUUCUGGUCCUGUCUCUAUCCCCCUCCCAACUGGAUCUGUUCUUGUUCUGAAGGGUAAUGGAGCUGAUGUUGCUAAGCACUGUGUUCCUGCCGUCCCAGCAAAAAGGAUUUCAGUCACAUUUAGGAGGAUGGAUAAUAGCAAAAUUCCGUACCAAUUCUCUCCUGAUCCUGAUUUGCUGAACUUAAAGCCUCUUGUUCGAUCACCUUCGCCCAAAGUAGGUACGGCAGUCCAACUUCAACAUCAAGAGAAAAAAAUUAAUGGUGAAGCAAAUAAAUCGAAUCCACUAGACAUAAUUGGCAAAUCAAAUGCCAAAGAAACAGUUAACUCGUUCGCUCUCCAAACAGACGACUUCCCCCCACUCGGUGGCAGAAAAUUGAGAAACCGUUGAAUCAGUCUGUCUGCAAUUUGAGUCACAUUUUUUUUUUUUACAAUCUUUCAAAUGUUAUACGAUGUAUGUUUUAUUCUUUUCUUAUGAUGGUUUCAGAUUGCCAUUUUUCCCAUUUAUAUAGUAGAUAUUCUUUUUGAUGUACCAAUGUCUUUGUUAAGGUGAUAUAAAUUGUAAGAAUAAUAUCGGUGUUGUGUUGAAUAUUUGUCACAACAAAGAAUGUAGUAUCUAACAUAAUAACGCAUUGUUUGAUUGAGAGGUACAUUUAUUUCUUCA